AUGCGCGUUGUAUUUUUCCUCACAAUUUUCGUAUUUUCGAUAAUAUCAGCCGCUGUGUGCCGGCAUCAUAGAGAGUCUCGAGUCAAAAGGCAACUCGAUAUACCAUACACGUUCACAUAUGGAGGCUGGAAUAAUGGAAUUUUCGGUCGACCGUUUUACGGAUUGGGAGCCUACGGAAUGAGCGGCAUCGGCAGAUAUGGAAUGGCCGGCUACGGUAUGGGAAUGCCCUACUAUGGGUAUGGAUUCGGCAAGAAAUAA